AGCGCCCUCUAGCGGACAGGUAAUGUUUACGUACAUGUAAAUAAAAUACGUAAUAUCCAAAUAUGGCGGUUGUUAUACAUGUUGUUUUAUGGCAAUAAAUUUGACGGAUAACUGCAAUAGAACGAUCAAGAACUUAGGUACAACACGUCUUUAUUACAAGUAUGUCGAAAGAGGAGGACGUCUCGCAACUAGUCCUUCAUGAUGAGCUGGCACGAGAACUUCAGCCACAUCUGAAUCAUGUAGUGUCUGCGGAACCAGAGGAAGGGUCAGUGUCACUGGAUAAUGUGACACCUACUGUUGAAGAAGGCCAGGAGAACCUAGGACAAAAUGGUAUAAACGAGAAUAGAGUUGCUAAAGAUGAUACAGAAAACGGUAAUAAGAAUGGAAGUGCUCAAACAAGUGAUGAAACUGGAGAAGUGGCAAUGUCGGCGCCGCCCGUGUAUUAUAGCACGAGUACCGGGGAAACUAACAUUGUUAACGAGCCUGUUGUGAUAAGACAAGCUAACGGCAUACAUGUGAUACGGACUCGAGAAUGUUGUCACACUCCGAACAAUUACCAUCGAGAAAAACCUUUAAAACUGAAACAUAUCAGAAUUCUUAAAGCAUUUUCCACAUUGGCAGUUGUGAUAUUCUUUCCCCUGGGCAUUCCUGCUAUGUAUUAUGCUUUCAAAUGUGAAAAGGAAUUCCAUGCAGGUAUUUUGCGCGGGAAUAUUGAUUUGGCGCGAAAACUCGCGAAACGGAGCGAGAGGCUGAUAAUCUUUUCAGUGCUGGGUGCGUUACUGGUGGCCGUUGCUGUGUUUGCGUUUGUGGAAAGGAAGUUGAUGGAGGAUGACGAAGAUUACUGGAAAUACCGUAACCACAAUAGGGUCUUACCUUCAGGGUAGAGAGACUACUUGCCUUUAACAUAUAUAUGGAUUAACUGAUAAAACAGGGUGGUGAACAUGGGUUAAGAGGGUGGGGUGUGUUGUGGGAAGGGUGGGAGUGGAAUCAGGGAUAAGAUAACUAGUUUUUUCCAUGAUAUAACAGCAGUGUUAACAAUCAAGUUAAAUAAUUGUUAGAAAAUUAAUGAAAUAAUUCGAAGUCGAAAUUGUUUUUCUAAUAUAUUUAGACUUCCAAUCUGUUAUAUAUAGUAACCUAAUUUAUGUGCGAAGUAGGUUAAAACGCCUCCAACCCAACCUAACCCAAGAUUUGCAAAUAUUGCUCAAUCGCCAAAUAUUGUACAACCAUUAUGAAUAUGCAUAUCAGUUAUGUACAGAUCCUAAUUUAUACAGACUUGCUUAAAAAUGCUUCACGUUUUUGCUUUGAACAGGAUCACAUACAAAG